AUGUUCAUAUCAUCAUGGAUCUGGGGAAUAGUAAUAAUACUCUGUUGCACUUUUUGGUUUCUUCUAGGGAGGAGGAGGAGGCAAAAAGGAGAGCCACCACUUGAAAACGGGUUCCUUCCAUACCUGGGCUGUGCCUUGCAGUUCGGUGCCAACCCCCUUGAAUUCCUCAGAGAAAAGCAAAAGAAGCAUGGCCACAUUUUCACUUGCCGAGUAGCGGGGAAAUACAUUCAUUUCCUCACUGACCCUUUUUCAUAUCAUUCAUUGAUACGCCACGGAAAACACUUGGACUGGAAAAAGUUCCAUUUUGCUACUUCUGCCAAGGCUUUUGGGCAUGGUAGCAUUGACCCAGCGGAGGGAAACACCACUGAAAAUUUUCAUCAGACUUUCAUUAGAACCCUUCAAGGUAACGCCCUGGAUGACCUCAUCAAAGCAAUGAUGGAAAAUCUACAAGACGUCAUGCUGCAGUCAAGAACAUCUAAACUUCAGUUUAAUGCCUGGAUAACAGAAGGACUUUAUACAUUCUGUUGCCAGGUGAUGUUUGAGUCAGGCUUUUUAACACUUUUUGGUAAAGAAUUUAAUUCAAAUCAUGACAAAAAUCUAUCAAAGCAGGAAACUGAGAGAGCACAUAUUCUAAAUGCCCUUGAAAAUUUCAAGGAAUUUGAUAGGAUCUUUCCGGCUCUUGUGGCGGGGCUUCCUAUCCAUCUAUUCAAGAGUGCCCACAGUGCACGUGAGAAGCUGGGGGAAGCACUGCUCCACAAGAACCUCCUAAAAAGGAACAACCUCUCUGAGCUUGUCACCCUCCGCAUGUUCCUGAAUGACACUCUGUCAACCUUUGAUGACAUGGAAAAAGCGAAGACCCAUGUGGCAGUACUCUGGGCCUCGCAAGCCAACACCAUUCCUGCCACAUUUUGGAGCUUGUUCUAUCUUCUUAAGAAUCCAGAAGCAAUGAGAGCUGCUACCAAAGAAGUGCAAAGUAUUUUGGAAAGUGCUGGAGAGAAGAUCAGCUUAGAUGGCAAACAUAUUUCCUUGAACCGAAAACAGCUGGAUAACAUGCCAGUACUAGAUAGCAUCAUCAAGGAGGCAAUGAGGUUAUCGAGUGCAUCCAUGACUUUCCGAGUUGCUAAAGAGGAUUUCACUUUGCACUUAGAGAAUGAUUUUUACAACAUUCGCAAGGAUGAUAUUGUAGCUCUUUAUCCUCAACUUUUGCAUUUUGAUCCAGAAAUCUAUGCUGAUCCUUUGACAUUCAAAUAUGAUCGCUAUCUCAAUGAGAAUGGAGAAGAAAAGACUGACUUCUACCGCAACGGUCGCAAGUUGAAGUAUUAUUAUAUGCCAUUUGGGACAGGAAUAGCAAAAUGCCCUGGCAGGUUAUUUGCUGUCCAUGAAAUUAAACAAUUUUUGGUUUUGGUAUUUUCAUACUUUGAGAUUGAACUUGUGGACAAUAACGUACAAUGUCCUUCUUUAGAUCAAUCCCGUGCAGGACUGGGGAUUUUGCAACCAUCCAAUGACAUUGAUUUCAGGUAUAGACUGAAAUGUCUAUGA